AUAAGUAGGCUUUGCAACAUAAUGACACAAUUUUAACAAAUUUCGAGACAGAAACAAGUCCAUAUUGGCAUUUUGAUUCCAAAUUCAAUUUUCCGAAAUUCUAAAUUAGCCAUAAUUGAAAACGACGAAAAUGACGCUCAAUCGGAUCUUCAUGGUGGAACUGAUCGUGGAAGAAUUACAGAUAUUCUCAUCUGAACAGCUCAAAGACACAUCACAACAUGCGGAAGAAUCGCAACCACAUGCCGAAGAGGAAGGGGAGGCACCGGAUUCACCCAUAACCUGCCCCGAACGUUGCAUACGACUUCAGUUGUCCAACAUCGCACGCUGCGAGGUUUGCGAGAAGGACUUCGGGUCCCAGCUGGACGAAUCUACCGCCAAGUUGGGAGAGAACUGCAUGUUCACCCUGAAUGUGACGAGUCUGAGAGAGCAUGAAUUGAAUUUUGAAAUCUCUGCACUCGAGAAGCGGAAAGAUGCCACCAAGGAGGUCCUGGGCAGGUGGAUAGAACCGGCAAACGAUAUGCUGGACAACCUGGCGAAGGCCUUCGAUGACGUCAAUGGACGGAGAGGUUCUGAAACGUCAAUUGGAACGGUCUUAUCAGAUGGAUCGGUAUCGAAGAAAACCUACCCCGUUUCGGAGACGAUCCGGUCGCUGUAUCCGUUACGCGACGAUAGUGACAAUGUUAAGGGAUGUGUCAUUGUAACGAUUCGGAUUUCUUGUCUUGGGUCCAGAAUCAACCAGAAGGUAAAGCUCGGUGCCAAAGAUGAUCAACCGGGAGUGACCUGCUUCAAAACGACGGAUCAAGAGGAUCACGAAAAGUUUAUGAAAUGCGUCACAUACGACGAACUGGCUCAUCCCCAUCCGGUGUUGUGCGAGGAAUGCGAGAAACCAACAAGCUUGGUUACACUUCCUCCGACUCCACCUGCUUCGGUAUGCAGCAAGGAGGAAGUUUGCUCACCUUACGAUGAGUACACCGCUGAAAUGAAUGGAAAUGCCAUUUCCAUUCGAGUCGAAAAGAAUUCCGAAAUCAAGGUCAUGUUAGAUGACGAACAGGACAAUAGCUGCACUAAAGGGUGUUGGACUUCUCUAAAACUUCCGGAGGGAGUCUACGCCCUUGAAGAACGCUACGUCCAACGACAGGAAAACGCUUGUCGCCUACCGGUCGUGCGGGGCAAUCUCAAGUACCCGGCCCAGCAAUGGUCCGCCGACUUCCUCGUGUGCAAACAGAAACGACCGAUCUGCGCCGAAGACUACCGCAAACGGCCGGAUCCAACCCGAUCGGUUUGCAUGCAAACCCGUGAUCCCGAGGAGUCUCCCUCGCUGCAUCCGUGCGGAAUAGAAAUAUGCAAGAAAGGUUACCACGAUCCGAACGUGGACGUUUUCGUACUCAAACUGGGCAAACAAAAGACCACCCGCUCCGAGAACGCACCCAAUCAGAUCGAGUUGGAGCUGCGUACGCCGAAGGGGCCCAUGCGCGAAAGGCGACCGAAAGAAACGCGCGGCGUUCAGGUGAUCGAGUCCGAGUUUGACGAUUUCAAGUCUGCCCCAGCGGAAGAAUCAAAGAAGUCCAAGAAGAAGGCCGCCGGUGCCGGUAAGAAGGGCGCCAAAAAGAAGUAACCGAAGUGGAAAGCACUCAAUAAUUGAUUGUUCCACCGAAUCGGAGAUUGACUCGUUAAAGGUUAUUGGAAAAUUACAUCUGAUUGGUGUUUGCGCACAUUCAUUUCUCA